AUUUUUAUAUUCACCAAAAUGUCUAAAGUAAAGACCAAGGAUCUCCGUGGUAAAAAGCGAGAGGAAUUAACAAAAAAGUUAAAUGAAUUCAAACAAGAAUUGGCCAACCUUAGGGUUGCAAAAGUUACUGGUGGAACUGCAUCCAAAUUGUCAAAGAUAUCUGUUUUCCGUAAGAACAUAGCUCGUGUUUUGACAAUUAUGUCACAAAAUCAGAAGGAAAAUUUGAAGAAAUUUUACAGAAGAAAGAAGCGAAUUCCAACUGAUUUAAGACCUAAAUUAACCCGAGCUAAACGACGUGAAUUAACAGCAACAGAGAAAUCAAAGAAAACAAAGAAAGAGAUGACAAAAUUACGCCGAUUUCCUAAGGUUAAAUACUAUCUUAAAGCCUAAGGAUCUUCUAUUAAAAUAUUAAAUUGAUUGAUUUGA